AUGAUAGGAAACAUUACAAGAGUUAAUUCUGCACCCUUGGGGCUUCGUAAUUCUGAUAUUUAUUUAAUGGAUAUUAGAAACUUUACAUGGGUGAAUUUAUUUGAUAUAUUUGAAUAUAAAAUCGAUACACGUAAAAAAUAUGUAAAGAAAAUAGUAAUUGCAGUAAUUUGUUCAAUGAUAAGUAUUGGUAUUCUUUCAAUUUGUGGAGUAUUACUUUAUAGAUGGCAAAAAUUCAGAAGAGUAAACCAUACGUUUGAACAAAAGAAUAAUCAGCAUUUACCAGAUGCAGUUAUAAGUAAUCCAAAUAAUAACUAA